CGGCGGCUGAUGUGUCCGCAGAUGCGGGGAGGAGAGAAGGAGACGGCGGCCGGAGAGCUACGAGACUGCAGGCACAACUUCUGGAAUGCCGGUAAAGGGUAAUGUCCGAAUUCAUGGGCACAAGACAUACCCAGAGAUUACCAGGAUGAGACGGUCGGGUUUACACCUCGUAGAGGAGCAGUAGACCCCGAGACAACAAGAAGCGGAGAUGGAUGACGGACAUUUCCCCCUCAAGAUGUGAGAGGUCCCCGAUAUUGGAGAGUAUGAGAAGCGUUGGCCAAGUCAUCCUCCAAAAUGAUCAAAGACGCGGCGCCGGCAAAGAGAUACCGGCCAACAUGGCCGAGAGCGGAAGAUCCAACAGCCAAAGACAAGUGUCCAGCAAUGGCACCAACCACAGAAGUCAUAAGAACCUCCGAACAAUACCCAAAGACCUGGGCAAUGGAAACGGGCACAACUUCACCAACCCCGACCAUGGAGACCAGACACGUGGUGGAAUGACACCGAAAACCACCACCAAUGGAUUACCCAAGACCCAGUGUACGGGGAGACCUCAAAAUGGCAAUUUCAAAGUGCCACCUAGAAGGCCGAGAGACCAUCCUAUGGUGGACAACCCUUGCGCCUGGGUUUUUGCCGUGCCGGCCAUUGUUGCGGGCCUGUGCUUUGCCCGGUCCUUGCUGGGUGAGUUUGUCCAUGACGACAUAUGGGCGAUACUCAAUAAUCCUGACAGCAGGGGAGAGACCAACCUGAGCGCCAUCUUCAAAAACGAUUUUUGGGGCAAAGCCAUGGAUGACAACACGAGCCAUAAGUCCUACCGCCCUCUCUGUGUCCUGAGCUUCAGGGCCAACGUGUACUUGUCCGGCCUGGAGCCGUUUUACUUCCAUGCGGUGAAUGUGGUGUUACACUGUAUGGUGAGCGCCCUGCUGGGCUACAUCUGCAGCGGCAUCGCCUUCCAGGACAGGAAACAAGCGCUGGCCUCUGCCCUGCUCUUCGCCGUUCACCCCGUGCACACCGAGGCCGUGGCAGGUAUUGUUGGGAGAGCGGACGUCAUGGCGUGUUUACUCUUCCUGUUGGCAUUCAUCUGUUAUGUAAGGAGUGUGGAGGUGGAUCCUUCCCCGGAUUCUUUCCCUGGUACUACUUCCCCUGUCCUUCUGCUGCUCAGUUUGAUCAUAGGAACCUGCGCCAUGUUGGUGAAGGAAACGGGUGUCACAGUAUUUGGGGUCUGUGUGAUGUACGACCUACAGAUCUUAUGUCUCAGGAGGUUUCUAAGAGACUCAUUUUUCAAACACUCAAGGAAUAUGUGGGUUGUGGCUGCUCCAUUCUUAAAGAGAGUUCUGCUGGUCUCCUGCUAUGUGAUCGUGGUGUUAGGUUUCCGUGUCUAUAUCAUGGGCGGGUCGAUGCCAUUGUUUUCGGAGCAGGACAACCCGGCCUCCUUCUCUCCUUACCUCCUCAGCAGAUUCCUCACCUUCUCCUACCUCCUGGCGUUCAAUGCUCGGCUGCUGCUGGGCCCCAUCACUCUUUGCUAUGAUUGGCAGGUGGGCAGUAUCCCCCUGGUGCACUCCAUCUGGGACAUCCGCAAUCUCUCCACCCUCCUGUUGUUGCUCGUACUCUUCUCCCUGAGCCUCCAUUGCCUGACGGGGAGCCAGAGGGCGGGGCAUCGGGAAGUGGUGGUCGGCUUUCUCUUCUUGGUCUUCCCUUUCAUACCGGCUAGCAAUCUCUUCUUCAGGGUUGGUUUUGUGGUGGCCGAACGCGUCCUCUACAUGCCCAGCAUGGGUUUCUGUAUCCUCUGCGUCCACGGAAUGAAGAGACUGUCCUCCCGGGUUGGUCCUAAGGGUUCAUCUGUGGUCACCUCCUGCUUCCUCCUCCUCCUGGUUCUCUUCUCCUGUAAGUCGGUUCUGCAGAGCGAAUGCUGGCGCUCUCGGGAAUCCCUCUUCAGAUCGGGAGUCCAGACGCUGCCGCACAACGCCAAAGUGCAUUACAACUACGCCAAUUUUCUGAAGGACCAGAAUCGAAAGGAGGAGGCGAUAAAGCACUACAAAACAGUUCUAAGGUUAUACCCACAACACCCCAGCGCCCUUAACAACCUUGGCACCUUGACCCCCAACGUUAACGCAUCGGAGGAAUAUUACAGGAAGGCGCUGGAGAUCAGCCCGCAGCACAGCCGGGCCCUGUUUAAUCUGGGCAAUUUGCUGAGGACUCAGGGAAGGAAUGAAGAAGCUGAGAUGGUCCUGAGGGAGUCUCUUCUCCAUGGUCCAUACUUUGCUGAUGCCUAUUCCAGUUUGGGGUCAUUACUGGCCGAUCAGAAGCGAUAUCCAGAAGCCGAGGAGGUUUACCUGGCGGGAAUCAAGAACUGUCCGGAGAGUUCAGACCUGCAGAAUAAUUACGGGGUGUUUCUGGUGGAUGUGGGAUCGCCCCAGAAGGCCGUCUCCCAUUACCUCCUCGCCCUUCGGCUGCGCCCAAAUCAUCACGUAGCGAUGCUCAAUCUCGGUCGCCUGUAUCGUUCCCUAAACCAAAAUUCAGAGGCGGAAAUGUGGUACAAGAAGGCUCUGCAGAUAUCCCGAGACGUUGAAGUAGUCACCCCCCUUGGAGCGCUGUAUUAUAACACGGGACAAUACGACGAAGCAUUGCGUCUGUACAGGGAGGCGACGGCGCUGCAUCCGCAAAGCGUCCAGCUACGCCUGUCACUGGCACAAGUCCAAGCUGUGGUGGGUCAGACACACGAGGCCGUGAGUCUUGCUCGCCUCAUAGCAGAGGAGGUUCCUGACUGUAUUGAAUGUAUCCGGCUGCUGUCCGCAAUCUACAGCAAGCAAGAGGAACACACUAAGGCACUGGACAUGAUUGAAGUUGCCCUAAAGAUGAAACCUCAAGAUCCUAAAAUAACGUCGGAGCUUUACUUCACCAAAGGGAACCAGCUGCGGGAGCUGAACCGGCUGGACGAGGCCUUCCAGAGUUACAGUCGCGUGGCAGACCUGAGCCCCAAACAAGCCCAGGCCUGGAUGAACAUGGGAGGCAUCAAGCACAUUCAGGGGGAUUAUACCGCUGCCCGAACCUUUUAUAAGAAGGCGGCCAUGCUGGACCCUGACAGCAAGUUACUGAAAGAAAACCUGGCUAAACUUCAGCGCCUAGAAAGUAAGUUACAAGGAACCAAAGGGAGAGAAGCUCCACCAAUGGACCUACAAGGGGGGCAACCUGAGAAAGCUUCCAGUGGACUCCACGGAGAAGAUAAUAAAUAUGCUGAAAAACCCGUCGGGGGAACGGAAAAUUCUGCCGCUGAAUCACCAAAGAUAUAAGACUAGAAAGGCAAGUGUGAACGAAGAGACCCACCAGAUGUUGAGGAAGAGGAGGAGGGUACAGAAGAAAGUCCAGGUCUGGAGGAGAAGACUACACAAGGCCUACUGACCCUGCGAGUUCAGAGGACACGACCCCAUCCAUUGGUGGUGACAUCCUGGCUCCAGCUCCAGGUUCUCCACAUGGGCACAAACAAGGCGAGGUGCCACCUUCUAACCUGUCCUGACUCUGCCCCUCAGGGGUAGACAUGCAGGAGACCCCACAUCUCCGGGUCUACUAGGCAGUGGUUUACAAGGUCGGCUGAAGAUUGUUAUUUACAGUACAACAGUCCCCAGUCGACUGCUAUCAAUCAUUGUAUGACAUAUCAAUCACCCUAUGGCAGCUGUCAAUCAUUGUAUGACAGAUAUCAAUUGGCAGCUGUCAAUCAUUGUAUGACAGAUAUCAAUCGGCAGCUGUCAAUCAUUGUAUGACAGAUAUCAAUCACCCUAUGGCAGCUGUCAAUCAUAGUCUGACAGAUAUCAAUCACCCUAUGGCAGCUGUCAAUCAUUGUAUGACAGAUAUCAAUCACCCUAUGGCAGCUGUCAAUCAUUGCAUGACAGAUAUCAAUCAGGGCCGAUGUCAAUCAUUGUGGGGGAGAUUUAUCAAAACCUGUGUAGAGACAGAGUGGUGCCUCUUUAAAAAUGAAAGAAGCGAUCUGAUUGGUUGCUAUGGGCAACUGCCCCACUCUUUCUCUACAGAGGUUGUGAUAAAUCUGCACCAGUAUGUGUAUUUCCAGCUUUAGUCAGUCUGGACUCUCUAGUUUCCUCCUGUCCAGAAUCCUCCAGCCUCAACUCCUGCUGCAUCGGGGACAUCUAGUGUCCAAAACACAACAUUACAGCUAAUCUACAAAAUAACUAAUAUACAAUAUAUACAGUCAUCCAAAGCAAAGGCAUAGCAUACAAACAGUGCAAUACAACAAACAUGAAUAUACAUUGACGUCUAUUAUCAGCAGACAAAGGGUAUUCAGGUCACCUUUCCUACAGUUCAGCCAACUACAGCCCGGCCAUGCUGGUAGUUGAAGUUUCCCAGCUGGAGGGCCACAGGUCGCAAACCAUUGGUUCACUAGAACAGCUGUCCACCGCUUUUCCAUAGCGUUUUCUCAGUAUGUACAGCUGGUGCCACCCUCCUAUUACAUACACACAAUCGCUGAAAUGGAUUGGAACCGGACCCGGUAUCAGAUGAGCAUCUGCCCCCUUCCUAAUUAGGUAUCAGGAUCCGUGCAUGCACGAGAGAAGAAAACCACUCUGACACAAAGUUCAGCAAACGAUACUUCCUGUAUUUAAAACAGAUACAAGGGUUUAUAUAUAGACUGUACCACUGUGCCGUUUGCAAAGCUAUACGUCAUGAAUACCCGUUCAUGUGAUUGGUUUCAUCCAUCUGCAGGUGUUCCUCAUGCAGCACGUGGGUCUUAUCAUCUUGGGUGUAGUCUCUCUGGAGGCGCCAUCUUAUACACAUUGUUUCAAACACGAUGGGAGGGGGAGUGAGCUAAUGAGUGGCCAUUUUAUCAAGAAUAUUCUAAAUAGGCAUUUUACCUUAUCCAUUACGCCGCCAAUCAAUCAGCCGGACAAGUAGAGCUGUAGUGUAUAGCAUGGGGAGAAAUAAGGAGCCAUUCUGCGUCUAGGACAUAGAGAGAAAUGAGGCUGGAGCUUGAUCCGUGACUCUGGCGGACUACAAUGAGAGGGGCGGAGCUGACGUACCUCGGCCCGGUCCGAUAUCCGCCAGAGGGAUAGGUGACGCCCCUCGGGGGCCUCACUUAUCGAAUAGUGCAAUAUGCAUGCAGUAAGGGAAUGCAGGAAUGUAAGACGCGCGGGAAUCUCUGCGCGCCGCUCUUUGCAUGUCGUGAUCCUGUGAUACGUGUGAACUGUGUCGUACGUACACAGAAGUGUGACGGACUCUACCGCAUGCCAGACGAGAAAAUGUUGCUGGCAUUGAAAGAAACGCGUUUCGCUUUUUUCUAUAUUCACAAUGAAGGAGAUUUAUCAUAACCCGUCUAGAGGAAAAGUUGCUGAGUUGCCCUUAGCAACCAAUCAGAUCGCUGCUUUCAUUUUCCAGAGGCCUUUUCAGAAAUGAAAGAAGCGAUCUGAUUGGUUGCUACGGGCAACUCAGCAACUUUUACCCCAAGGACAGGUUUUGAGAAAUCUCCCAAAAUGUUCAUUGGUUCUUAAAGCACAGGCCGAGCCAACAAACCCAACCGUAAUAAUAGCGCAAAGAUAAAUUAUUGAAUGUAAUAUAUAUAUAUAUAUAUAUUGUACCGGGAUACGGAGAGUUUUAUAGCAGAAGACGACAGCGUCCUCUAUUUUUACAGCAAGAUGUCUAUAUAUUUAACAGAGAAGAUCUAUAAGUCACCCAAUGUAUUUUUCAGCUUAAAGGGGUACUCCGCCCCUAGACAUGUUAUAAGGAUAGGGGAUAAGAUGUCUGAUCACGGGGUCCCCCGCGAUCUCCCUGCUGCACCCGGCAUUCAUUUAGAAGCAGUGUCGGAGGCUCGUGACAUCACAGACGCGCCCGCUCGUGACG